UGCGCACAGAACGUCGUGUUGUUCUUGAGAUACAGGGAUUACAAAUGGAAACUGGCAAAGCCCCAACAUGUAAUGGCUGGCAUAAGCCUCAGCUACAGAUCGUCCUUCUUGGAGGCAGAAACUCAGGCAAAAGUCAAUUGGGCAACCUACUUUUGGGAAAGGAGGAAUUCGUAACUAAGGAGCGGACAUGUUGUUGCCGGCGACUGGGUGUCUCGGGGAUGCACUGGCUCACUGUGGUGGACACUCCAGGAUGGUGGUGCGACCUGACCCCUCAAGACACCUCUAAACUGGUCAAGAGGGAGAUAGUGACCAGCGUGACUCUAUGCAACCCAGGUCCACACGUUUUCAUUAUUGUGGUGAAGGCGAGGUCAAUAUUCACCGAACAGCGACGCAAAGCAGUGGAGGAGCACGUCCGGUUGCUAGGGGAUACUGUCUGGGACCACUGUUUCUUGGUGCUUGCGUUCACUGAUAGCUGGAGGCUUACAGAGGCAGAGGAACACAUCCAAAGAGCGGGAAAGGCGUUACAGUGGGUAUACCACAAGUGCACCCGUAGGUGUCACAGCGUUGUCCUUCACGAUGACGCCCGAAUACCUGAACUGAUGGUGAAGAUACAAAGGAUGGUGGAGUCCAAUGGCAACGCAAUGUUCGAGGUGCCGGAGCUGGUGUUACGCAGGGUCACAGAGGAGAAGAGGGGGAUAGAGGAAAGGGCACGCUCACGGUUUAAAAGGAUGAGGGAGCAAAGGGCCGUGCAGAGGGAGAACCUGAGAUCCAUGACAGACAUCAGAAUUGUCUUGCUGGGAGCAAAGGGUUCUGGGAAAUCUUCAGUUUUUCGCACAAUUCUUGGAAACAACCAGAACAAACAUGGAACAACACGAACUGCUCAAAAUCAUGUUGGAAAAGCUCUUGUUUUUGGUCGACAGGUGACUGUGGUGGACACUCCUGGAUGGUGGUGCAAUUACUUCAGUGAUGAAACUCCCAUGUUUGACCAAAGGGAGAUGGUUUUAAGCCUGUCCGUGUGCCCAUCCGGGCCCCACGCCUUCCUGUUGAUAAUUCGGGUGGACCGCUCCUUUACUGACACCUACAGGAGAGCAGUGGAAGAACACAUCAGACUUAUUAGUGAUCAAAUCUGGAGUCGAGUUAUUGUUGUGUUCAGUUUUGGAGACUGGUUGGGAGGCACCACCACAGAACAUUAUAUAGAGAGUGAAGGAACGCCGCUGCACUGGGUUUUGGACAGAUGCAAAAACAGGUACCAUGUUUUCAACAAUAAAACUAAAGGUGAUGGGUUUCAGGUCAGGGAGUUGAUUGGAAAAAUUGAAGAGAUGGUCUCAGCCUGUGAGAGCAACUGGUAUUUUGAAAUUGAGAGCAGCGUGAGCCGAAAUUUGGAGCAGAAGAUGAGAGAAGAGGCUGAUAGAGCGCAGGAGCGAAGGAUGCGCAGGGAGAGGCAACGGGAAACAGCCAGGAUGAAGCUGGAUAACUUCAUUCCACUUUCAGAACUCAAACUCGUGCUGAUCGGUGGCCGUAAAACAGGAAAAAGCUCUUGUGGAAACACUAUUUUGUCUCAUGACUAUUUCAAAUGCCAAACUCAAACUACCUCCUGCAAAUCCAACCAAGUCCACAGCAAAAACGUAACAGUUCUGGACACCCCUGGAUCAUUCUGCGUGAACUACGACCUCUUCAGAACCUCAUCUGCUUUCCUGUUGGUUGUGAAUGUUAGCUCUGCGUUCAAAGAUGCUCAUUUAAAAUCGAUUGAAGCUCAGCUGGAAGAAGUGGAGUCACAAAUCUGGGAAAAAUCUAUAGUUUUGUUCAGCUUUGGCGACUGCAUAGAGGACACUAGAAUAGAAGAACGCAUAGAGAGCGAAGGCCAAGCACUGCAAAGGAUUGUCAACAGGUGUGGCAACAGAUAUCACGUUUUGAACAAUAAAAACUCAUGUGCAAAGCAAGUCAAAGAACUGAUAGAGUUGAUAGAGGACAUGGCAAUGAAAGAAAGACGGGAGCUAUUUAAAAAUGGUGGAAUAACAAGGGGAAUGCCGCAAAAACAACCGAACCUGGAGGCAAAGGUUGCUCAUGGACUACAUUCAUCAGAUGAUCUUUCCAGGCCUUAUCAGGGACUACAAAACAUCCCCAUGUGACUUUACGCUUUAAAGGAAGGAUGCACCCAGAACACUGGCUUUUUAUAUAUGACUCAAGUUUCAACACAAAAUGAUAAGUUUCUUAUUAAUGUCAUGUGGUUUUAGAUGUUUCCUAUUUUUGGGCCUAUUCAAGGGCCAAUAUUACACAAAACUGACUCUUGUGAGCUUUAAGUCAUGUUAUAAUGCUUUUAUCUGCUCAAAAACAGACCUAGAGUAGUGUUUUGUUUCAUUCACACAUGUUUGAGUAACACUUUAUUAUUAGUCUUUCUAUAGCUCCAAAGCUCAAAAUGCUCUGUUCCACCUUGUGAUGUCAUGAAGUGGUAGUUUUUAAGUUAACCACUUCUUUUUACCUUUAGUUCAGUAGAGAUUGGCAAUUCCAAAGCUGAAAUCAUGCAAAAGGUUCUAGUUAAGGUAUGUGGAGUUUUAAAAAAACACAUUGGAGCACUUCCUGUAUUACCACAUGAUGACAUCACAAGAUGGAACAGAGUGGUUUCAGUUUGAGAGAAGAACUCAGCCUAAAUCUGAAGGGUUUGUGUGUUAAACAUGUGUGAAUGAAACAAAACACAACUUCAGGUCUGUUUGUGAUGAGGAAACAACAUUAGAACGUAGAUUUAACUUUGCCCUACUUGUUUCUAUAUCAAUUUUAAUAGUGAUUUGUAUCUUUGUAAUGAAUUUUGGACAACCCUACAACUUAUUACUUCUCAAAGGCUGCUAAGUGGAAUAUGUGCUUUGAUCAUAGACUGUCUACGUACAUGGACAUAGCUAACCUGCUAGCCACAGCGUUCCAAAUAGGAAGUGAUCAUGAGCGCACUUCUGGCUCCAUCGACUCUGGCUCCAAUUAACAUUCUAUUGAAAAACUGUGUCCCCUUUCUCUGUAACUGCUGCUGCCAGACUUGCCAUUUUGGUCUUAAAUGUUCGUAUUAACCUGCUCUACAUGAUCCUGGUGUUUUUAUUUCAUUACUGUGUCUGUAAAUAAAGAUAUGAACAUUAAUAACAGACAAAUCAGGCGCCUCCUUUCCCUGAGGUCACUCCUGCUAACAUUAGCAACAGAUUUGACUGACAGUGUUGCUAUGCUUCGGCUCCCUGUAUCUGCUCUAGCCUUGAUGAGUUUUAUUUGACUGGAGCUGAACGCUGGGUGACGUCACACUCACUCCAUUUCUUUACAUUCUGUGGCUUUAAGUGACAUAAAGAUUGACAAGCAUAUGACAGUACUUUAUUAUAUCUGUGUGGUUUUGACACUUGUAAGUUACGUCUGUUUGAAUAACACUGGUUUUCUUUGUUACAGCUACUGGACUUUCAACAGUUGAAGCUUCAGAGACUUCCAGUCAGCUUGUCCCGCUUGGACGUAUCAGUGAAUUGGAAAACAUUCAGGAUAGGCGUGGCUCCCAGUCCUGUGUUAGAUCUUUGCCAAAUGGAAAAACAUUAACAUGGACAGCAGCUGGUCAAAUAUUCACAUUCGAACUCCCUUUUUGGCUUUUUGGACAAGACACGCUAACAAACAUGAGAUUACACUGUGAAACUUCAAAUAAUUCUGCAGUUGUUUUGUUCCUACCUGAUCCGCAAAGUGGAAGGAAUGAAAUGGCCAAUCCGGUUCGCUCCCUGUGCCAUCCCAUGCUGAUGGACCGGACUCUCAAAAGGCUUACCAAACAUGGAAGUCUGCAAAAGAUUAUAGACGAAUGGGGAGACAGUAACUUACAAGAGCUGGAGGCGUUUAUCGAUUUGUAUUUUGAAAUGGUCUGGGAGCAAGCCAUGGGGUCGUGCAUAGAGGAGAGUCCAAAAACAGAGGAGAUAGAGCCGGAGGAAGACGUGCUCGCAAGCAUUAACCAAAAACUGUCAAAACUGGACGUGCUGGAAGAGAUACAGGAGGAUCUGAUGCAGCUUAAGAAGGCCAUAGAGGAGCUGAGAAGGAAAAUAUAAUGAGGGUUUUAUUUUGAAAGGACGAUAGUUUAAAGGGCCCAUGUUACGCUGUUUUCUCUUUGUUUAUGAAAGUGGGAUUUGAACCACCAACCCUUUGGUCAGUGGGCCAGCACUCUACCAUCCAACAUAUAGGAAAGUGCACAUUGUGUAAUAUAAUGUAAAUAUCAAAAUGUAAUCUAAAAAGGGAAGAAUUCACCAGAUUUGUAAUAUUUCUAUUUCUACAUUCAAACUUUCAAGUAUUGUUCUGUUUAAUCCAAAGCAUUUUAGUUUGUACAUUGUUGUUGUUAUAUAGAUUAAUGCCAGUUAUUGCAUGUACUUGUACUGACAGUAAAAGUUAUUACGGUACAUUUACUAGCUUCUACUUGAAAUGAUCCCCUCACAACUCCUAAAUAAGCUGCAUCGUGUGUUGCAGCAUUUGUCCACAAGAGGGAGCACUUGCACAAGAAAAGACCUGAGCAGAACUUCAUGAUCAGCAUUUUCACAAAGCUGUAGUCCUUUUAAACCUAGAAAAAGUAUAGUAUUAACAUAGAUUAUAGUGCAUUUGGUUUAGAACAGUUUUAUCUAAAGCUGUUCAACUUUUUUUAAAUUUUAUUUCAUAUUUUGAAAGUAAUAGUUUGCACAAAUGUUAGGUCUGCAGCACAGACUUUUACAGUUGUAGUGAAAGAAUAAAUGAAAACAUCUUUGUACAAAAAUGCCAUGCAC